AUGGUUCAAUGUGGGGUGACGAUCCUCACUGCCGAGAAGGCCGGGGGUCCCGUCCCUGCGAAAACAUCAUCACUGUUGAUUCAGGACUCCACGUACACACAGUAUCCGGCAUUCGCAUCCAGCAGAUCUGCUUUACCGGACCUUUAUACACACCGCAACGACUCGAUGUCUCACGCAAUCGUAGCUGACGCAGUCAACUGGGCAGCAAGCCUUUCGGAUACCGCUCAAGCCCUUCUUGAUGACCACAAUGUGCCAUGGCGAGCUCUCAUCACCUCUAUAAUGGUGGCAUCUCUGCCAGCGCUUCUUCUCUACCGACAAUAUAUCCACCCACUCGCGGGAAUUCCCGGCCCCGUCCUUGCGCGGUUCACAGGGCAAUGGCGAAAUUGGUAUUACAUCAACGGCCAGUGGCACGAUGUGAUCUUGGAUCUCCAUACUACGUAUGGUCGAGUGGUCCGUAUUGCCCCCAACGAGCUCUCUAUUGUCGACGAGAAGACUGCCCGCCUUCUGUAUGGGCAUGGCACGAGUUCGGAGAAGACCGACUGGUAUGCUACCUGGGAUAUCCCGAAUGCCGCGCCAGGACUGUUUGCUACACGAGAUCGAAAGGAGCAUGCAUUUUUGCGUCGACGGGUAUCUGCGGCUUUUUCGAUGACCUCUAUCCUCAAAUUCGAGACCUAUAUCCAGGGCAGCUUCGACCUUCUUUUUGACAAAAUGAGGAAAUACUCCGGCCAGAUGAUUGACAUGUCCGAGUGGACGAAUGCGGUUGCGUACGAUAUUGUGGGCGAGCUGGCAUACGGCGAGCAACUUGGCCAUCUGCAGAGCGAAACGGACGUGAUGGGGGUCCGACAAGCCGUCCUAGACGGCUUUUACUUGAUGGCAAACCUCGGGCACUACUGGGGCCAAGGGAGAUUGCUAAACACCAAAGUGAUGGCGAAACUGACCUCCGCUCUGGGAGUUCGCAACCCGUUUCUCGAAUUCCGGCAAUGGAGUGUUGACAAGGUUCGUGCUCGAAGGGACAACCCUUCCCAGGCCGAACGCCAUGACAUGUUGCACCAUUUCCUUCAGAUGAAGGACAUCAACGGAAACCCGGCAUCCGAUGGCGAGGUUCUCAUUGAGGCGAUGAAUAUCAUUGGCGCUGGGGCGGACACUACAGCAAUUGGAAUGCGAGCAUGUCUCUACUAUGUCUGUACCCAUCCCCAGGUCUACCGCCAACUUCAGAAGGAGCUGGAUGACUACUUCCAAAGCCGGCCCGACCAGAGGAGCAUUUCGUACAAUGAGGCUCGCGGCUUGACCUAUUUGAAUGCCGUCAUUUCGGAGGCUACCCGCUUGCAUCCUAGCAUCAUCUACCAGCUGCUUCGAGCGGCACCAGAAGACAUCACUGUCGACGGGCACAGAAUCCUCCGUGGCACCCCCGUCGGCAUAAGCCCCAGGGCGCAAAACCGUGAUCGCGCCAUUUGGGGGGAGGAUGCCAAUGAAUUUCGCCCAGAACGAUGGCUUGAGAAUGAAGAAAGGGCCAGAUAUUUUGAAAGCGUGAACAUGACCUUUGGUGGAAAUGGGCCCAGGAUGUGUAUCGGGCGUAACAUUGCUCUGGUUGAGCUGUUCAAGUAUAUCGCCCAGCUACUGUACAACUUCGAUGUUGAGCUCGAGGAUCCUGCACGGCCCUGGAACGUCCAGACUGUGUGGUUUGCCUAUCAGCACGACAUGUAUGUGCGCGUCACAGAGCGGAACAGGGGCCUGUCGACUUGA